AUGGAAAAAAUUGCUUCUUAUUUUUGUUCAUUUUGCCUUUUUAUUUUUAUUUGUAGAUGCGAGCACUAUCAGAGACGAUGCAAAAUCCGUUCUCCUUGUUGCGAUAAGAUCUUCCUCUGCCGCCAUUGCCAUAAUGAGGCCGUGAACUCGUUGUGCAACCCCAAGGAUCAUCACGAGCUUGUCAGGGAAAAUUUUAAGCAAGUUAUCUGUUCACGCUGCAACACCCAGCAGGAGGUUGCUCAAAUUUUGUGCUCACUGUUGGGUCAAAUGGGUGAAUAUUUUUGCAACAUUUGCGAAUUCCAUGGUGAUGAUAUUUCAAAGGGACAGUUCCAUUAUGAUGAUUGUGGGAUUGGCAGAUCUCUAUCGCUUUCUAAUGUAUAUUGUGAGAGCACAGGAUCUCGCUACUCAAUAAGUGCGCACAAUGAUCGUGUAUGCAUAGAGAACUCCAUGAAGAAUUACUGCCCUGUUUGUUAUGAGGUACCAUUACCCAUUUUAUCCAAGACAGUGCUUAACAAGUCUUAGUACUGGCAGCUGUUAGGUAUGGAGGCAUGGAAUAUUUUACUUUUAGGUUAAAUUUCUAUAAAUUGGUCUGAAUAAUUUAAAUUUUCUGGCAACAUAAGAGGGGAAUUGUAAUUUUUGUGAGAUGCCUUCUUGUUGGAAUAAUAAGCAUGUACAAGUGCUAUUGUACAAAUUGUUUUCUGCUUCUUGUUCAUGGCUUGCAUUUCCUCUUUCUGUCUCUAUCUAAUUAUGUCUUUCUUUAAGUUCUUGUGAAGGAUUAAGCAUGAGUUUUCUGUGGACUAAGCUUCAACUACUGAAUAAAAUUAGAUGUAGCUUUAAAAGGCUAUGUAUUUUUCCU